AACCAACCUAUUAGUCCAUUGGAACACGAACCAUGGAGUCCCAACAUGAGUUCCAUCAACCCAUCUUACAGUCUAUACCGCCACCGCCAUCAUCGCCGGAGCCACCAUCCACCUCAUUGGAAGCGAGCUCGGAGCUCGAGAAAGUGCUGUCGGACACACAACUACCCAACUUCAAGCGUCUCCGUUUGGCCUCAUGGAUUGAACUUAAGCUUCUGUAUAGACUUGCUGCUCCAGCAGUCAUGGUUUACUUGAUCAACAACUCCAUGUCCUUGUCAACUCGGAUCUUCUCCGGCCAACUUGGCAACCUUGAGCUUGCUGCUGCCUCUCUUGGCAACCAAGGCAUCCAAUUGUUUUGCUAUGGCCUCAUGCUUGGUAUGGGCAGUGCAGUGGAGACUUUGUGUGGCCAAGCUUAUGGGGCCCACAGGUACGAAAUGCUUGGAGUCUAUCUCCAAAGAGCCACGGUGGUCCUCACCUUGACAGGACUCCCAAUGGUUAUAAUCUACGUACUCUCAAAACAAAUCCUCCUCUUCCUCGGCGAACAAACGGCGGUGGCGUCGGCGGCAGCAGUUUUUGUCUACGGCCUCAUCCCACAGAUCUUCGCCUACGCCAUCAACUUCCCCAUACAAAAAUUCCUCCAAGCACAAAGCAUCGUGGCCCCAAGUGCCUACAUUUCCCUAGCAACCCUGGGGGUGCACCUGUUGCUAAGCUGGGUCGUGGUGUACAAGAUCGGACUAGGGUUGAUAGGUGCAUCACUGGUGCUGAGCUUAUCAUGGUGGAUCAUUGUGGUGGCCCAGUUUGUGUUCAUAUUGAUGAGUGAUAAGUGUAAGGCCACGUGGACUGGGUUUCGAUUGGAGGCUUUUUCUGGGCUGUGGGAGUUUGUGAAGUUGUCAUCUGCAUCAGCUGUGAUGCUGUGCUUGGAGACUUGGUAUUUUCAGGUACUAGUUUUGGUUGCAGGGUUGCUCAAAAACCCAGAGCUUGCUUUGGAUUCUCUCUCUGUAUGCUCGGCAAUUAAUGGGUUGAUGUUCAUGAUCUCAGUGGGGUUCAAUGCAGCAGCUAGUGUGAGGGUUGGCAAUGAGCUAGGAGCAGGGAACCCUAAAUCUGCAGCCUUCUCGGUUUUAAUGGUGAAUUCCAUCUCCCUAAUCAUAGCCGUGAUGGAAUCCAUAAUCGUGCUCUCGCUUCGCCACGUCAUUAGCUACGUCUUCACUAGCGGUGAAGCGGUGGCAAACGCUGUCUCUGAGCUCUGUCCAUUCUUGGCCGUCACUCUCAUUCUCAAUGGUGUCCAACCAGUCUUGUCCGGUGUGGCUGUUGGGUGUGGAUGGCAAGCAUUUGUUGCAUACGUAAAUGUGGGAUGUUAUUAUGUGGUAGGAAUUCCUUUGGGUUGUCUUCUUGGCUUUACAUUCGACCUUGGUGCUAAGGGCAUAUGGUCGGGGAUGAUUGGAGGAACCAUGAUGCAGACAAUCAUCUUACUUUGGGUAACUUUCCGUACGGACUGGAAUAAAGAGGUGGAGAAAGCUAAGAAACGUUUGGACAAAUGGGAUGCACUAAAAGAGCCUCUUUUAAAGGAAUGAUGGGUGCCUAAGGAACUACUAACAUGGCUUGCGUGUGCCUGAUUGAGUUUUGGUCAUUGUUUUCUUCAUUUUGCUCUGAUUGUUUCUAGGGACAUUUCCGACUCUGGUG